AUGCGAACUGUGCUACCUGGUUGUGCUGCUGAUUCUGAUUUUGGAACAAAUGGGAGUGCGAAAAAUGAGUUAUGGUGGAAUUUGCAUUUAAUGCACAUGGAUAUAGGUCAAUGUUUUGUUUUCCCUGUAUUUCAUGUUAAUAUUAGCCUGCAGGAAUCUUCAUCAAAUUUUGACGUACGUUUUAGGAUACGAAUUCAAAAGUGGCAGUCAUUUCAGCAGCAGCUGCUUAGAAAACCAGAAGGGAGUGAAGCAUUUUUGGCAUAUCAAGCAGGUCUUCAAGGAUUAUUUGGGAGUAACAAUUUCUCAUCUAGUUCCAUGCAGCUGCCUCAACAAUCUCGAAAAUUUGCUGAUUUAGCUCAGCAUGGCUCCAACCAGGGUCAAGGUGUUGAGCAGCAAAUGCUAAAUCCUGCACAAGCAGCAUACUUUCAAUAUGCUCUGCAGGCUUCACAACAAAAGCCUGUUUUGGCAAUGCAGUCACUGCAGCAACCUAAAAUGGGAAUGCUGGGCCCUUCAUCUGUAAAGGAUCAGGACAUGCGAAUGGGAAAUUUGAAAAUGCAGGAUCUUAUGUCCAUGCAGGCGGUAAAUCAAGCUCAAGCAUCCUCAUCUAGACAUUCGUCUGACCAUUUUACUCAUGGGGAAAAGCGGGUAGAGCAAGGGCCCCAGCUAGCACCUGCACGGAAGAGUGAAGGAAAUUCUUCAAGUCAGGGACCAGCUGUUGGAAACAUAAUACCUGGAAAUAUUAUAAGACCUGUGCAAGCUCUGGCAACUCAGCAGAGCAUCCCGAACGCGAUGAACAACCAGAUUGCAAUACCUUCUCAACUGCGGACUAUGCAGGCAUGGGGAAUUGAACAAAAUGUUGAUAUGUCAUAUCCUGUAAAUUCUCAGUUAAUGGCUCCGUUCAUGCCAUUGAUGCAAUCAAGGAUGGUUCAACAACCAAAGGGGAACGAUACUAACUCAGGUGCACAGUCAUCACUUGUCCCUGUUUCAAACCAGCAGGUGACUUCUCCAGCAAUUGCAAGUGAGAGUUCAGCACGUGCUAGUUCAUCUGGUGAUGUGUCUGCACAGUCAGGUUCUGUGAAAACCAGGCAGAUGGCUCCACCCAACCAUUUGAGCCCACAAAUUAGUGCUGUUAUAGCCAGUAGCUCUAGUGAUAUGACAGUGCAUCAAUUCAGUCUUCAUAGCAGAGACACUCAAGGAUCGUUGAAGCAAUCAGUUCUAAAUGGAAAUGGAAUGCCUUCUGGGCAUCUACAGCAGACUUCUGCAAACAUGAACACAAGUGUAGAUCAUCCUCUGAGUGCAAAAGCUUCAUCAUCUGGUCCAGAACCUGUGAAAAUGCAGUACAUCAGGCAAUUAAACCAAUCUGCUUCUCAGGCUGGAGGUCUGACAAAUGGAGGUGGAGCAGGAAAUUACACCAAAACUCAAGCAGGGCCAUCUCAGACGCCUCAACAAAGAAAUGGUUUCACCAAACAACAGCUUCAUGUUCUCAAGGCACAAAUACUAGCAUUUCGGCGUCUGAAGAAAGGAGAAGGUGCACUUCCCCAAGAACUUCUUCGGUCCAUCAUUCCACCACCUCUUGAUUUGCAAGUGCAGCAGCCAAUUAAUGCUGGGGGAGCACAAAAUCAAGAGAGAUCUGCUGGAAAUAUUGUGGCAGAACAACCAAGGCAGAGUGAGUCCAAUGCCAAAGACACACAACAUAUCCCAUCCAUUAGCAGAAAGAGCUCUUCAAAGCAGGAAGCCUUUAUCAGAGAUGAGAGCCACACUGUAACAGCAGUUCAUAUGCAGGCCACACCUCUUGCGACAAAGGAAUCUGCUGGGAAGGAAGAGCAGCCGUCUGUUGUAUGCUCUGCUAAGUCUGACCAGGAAAGUGAACAUGGAAUUAACAGAAUGCCUGUUAGAAAUGAGUUAGUAUUAGACAAGGGAAAAACUGUUGCUGUCCCUCAGGUUUCUGUAACUGACACAAUGCAACUUAAUAAACCUGCACAGGUGAGCACUGUUGCCCAGUCCAAGGAUGCGGGAUCCACCAGAAAAUACCAUGGACCCCUAUUUGAUUUUCCUUUCUUCACCAGGAAGCAUGAUUCCUUUGGGUCAUCAAUGAUGCUAAACAACAACAACAAUUUGUCUUUGGCAUAUGACGUGAAAGAACUACUUUUUGAGGAAGGCAUGGAGGUCCUUAGCAAGAGAAAGACGGAGAAUUUAAAGAAGAUUGAAGGUUUACUGGCAGUAAACCUAGAGAGGAAAAGAAUUAGGCCAGAUCUUGUGUUGAAGUUGCAAAUUGAAGGGAAAAAGCUUCGCCUUUUAGAUCUUCAGGCUCGUUUAAGGGAUGAGAUUGAUCAACAGCAACAAGAGAUAAUGGCAAUGCCAGAUAGGCCAUAUCGGAAGUUUGUUAGGCUGUGUGAACGUCAGCGAAUGGAACUUGCUAGACAAGUGCAGGCAUCUCAGAGAGCUUUAAGGGAGAAGCAACUGAAAUCUAUAUUUCAAUGGCGCAAGAAGCUUCUUGAAACACACUGGGCCAUUCGUGAUGCCCGAACUGCUCGCAACAGGGGGGUGGCCAAAUAUCACGAAAAGAUGUUGAGAGAGUUCUCAAAACGUAAGGAUGAUGACAGAAAUAAAAGGAUGGAAGCCUUAAAAAACAAUGAUGUUGACAGAUAUAGGGAGAUGUUGCUGGAGCAGCAGACUAGCAUUCAAGGCGAUGCUGCGGAGAGAUAUGCUGUCCUCUCAACUUUCUUAACCCAGACUGAAGAGUAUCUCCAUAAAUUAGGAAGUAAGAUAACCACUGCUAAGAAUCAGCAGGAAGUGGAGGAGGCUGCAAAAGCCGCAGCAGCCGCCGCACGAUUGCAGGGUCUUUCUGAAGAAGAAGUCAGAGUGGCAGCAGCUUGUGCUGGAGAGGAAGUGAUGAUUAGAAAUCGUUUUAUGGAGAUGAAUGCUCCUAAAGACAGUUCAUCUGUUAGCAAGUAUUACAGCCUUGCUCAUGCAGUGAGUGAAAAGGUUGUACGUCAACCAUCAAUGUUACGGGCUGGAACACUUAGAGACUAUCAGCUGGUCGGUUUGCAAUGGAUGCUUUCCUUGUAUAACAACAAAUUAAAUGGAAUUUUGGCAGAUGAGAUGGGUCUUGGCAAAACUGUACAGGUUAUGGCAUUAAUUGCCUACUUGAUGGAGUUUAAAGGAAACUAUGGCCCACAUCUUAUAAUAGUCCCAAAUGCUGUCAUGGUUAACUGGAAGAGUGAGUUGUACACUUGGUUACCAUCUGUGUCAUGCAUUUUUUAUGCUGGAGGGAAGGAUUACCGGUCAAAAUUAUAUUCACAGGAGAUUAUGGCUAUGAAAUUUAAUGUCCUGGUGACUACUUAUGAGUUCAUCAUGUAUGAUCGGUCAAGGCUUUCAAAAAUUGAUUGGAAGUAUAUAAUAAUCGAUGAAGCACAGAGAAUGAAAGAUAGAGAAUCAGUUCUAGCUCGUGAUCUUGAUAGAUAUCGAUGUCAAAGACGCCUGCUUCUGACAGGAACACCUUUACAGAAUGAUUUGAAGGAACUAUGGUCACUUUUAAAUUUACUUCUUCCUGAGGUUUUUGACAAUAAGAAAGCCUUUAAUGAUUGGUUCUCAAAGCCAUUUCAAAAGGAAGGUCCCACUCAAAAUACAGAAGAUGAUUGGCUUGAGACUGAGAAAAAAGUUAUCAUUAUCCAUCGACUUCAUCAGAUUCUUGAGCCUUUCAUGCUCAGACGCCGUGUUGAGGAAGUUGAGGGUUCACUACCACCAAAGGUCUCUAUAGUUUUACGAUGUAAGAUGUCAGCUUUGCAGAGUGCCAUUUAUGACUGGGUCAAAUCAACUGGUACCCUUCGACUUGAUCCUGAAGGUGAGGAAUCUAAGAUACAAAAGAAUCCGCUCUACCAGGCAAAAGAGUACAAGACUUUAAAUAACAGAUGCAUGGAGUUACGGAAAACUUGUAAUCAUCCAUGUCUUAAUUACCCAUUACUUAAUGAAUUAUCUACAGAUUUAAUUGUAAAAUCUUGUGGGAAAUUGUGGAUCCUGGAUAGGAUCCUUAUAAAGCUUCAGAAAACUGGUCAUAGAGUUUUGCUGUUUAGUACCAUGACAAAACUUCUAGAUGUAUUGGAAGAUUACCUGAAUUGGCGAAGAUUUGUGCACAGAAGAAUUGAUGGGACUACUAAUUUGGAUGACCGUGAAUCAGCUAUAAUGGACUUUAAUAGCCCUGAUUCAGACUGUUUCAUCUUCUUGCUUAGUAUUCGAGCUGCUGGGAGAGGCCUUAACCUUCAGUCUGCUGACACUGUUGUCAUUUAUGAUCCUGAUCCAAACCCAAAAAAUGAGGAGCAGGCUGUGGCCAGAGCUCAUCGUAUUGGACAGAAAAGAGAAGUCAGAGUUAUCUACAUGGAGGCUGUUGUUGACAAAAUCUCUAGCCAUCAGAAAGAGGAUGAACUGAGAAGUGGAGGCACUGUUGAUAUGGAGGAUGAACUUGUGGGUAAGGAUCGCUAUAUAGGAUCUGUUGAGAGCCUCAUAAGGAACAAUAUUCAACAGUAUAAGAUAGAUAUGGCUGAUGAGGUUAUCAAUGCUGGACGUUUUGAUCAGAGGACAACACAUGAAGAAAGGCGUUUGACUUUGGAGACAUUGUUACAUGAUGAAGAAAGGUAUCAAGAAAAUGUCCAUAAUGUUCCUUCUCUUCAGGAGGUAAAUCGCAUGAUUGCUAGGAGUGAAGAGGAAGUGGAGUUGUUUGAUCAAAUGGAUGAAGAACUGGAUUGGCCUGAUGAGAUGAUGCAACAUGAGGAGGUGCCUCAGUGGCUUCGAGCUAAUACAAGAGAAGUGAAUGCUGCUAUUGCUUCUUUAUCUAAAAGGCCAUCAAAGAACACUUUAUUGGGUGGUAGUAUUGGCAUGGACAGUGAGGUGGGAUCCGAAAGGAGAAGGGGACGACCCAAGGGAAAAAAGCAUCCUAAUUAUAAAGAGUUGGAAGAUGAACAUGGAGAAUAUUCUGAAGCAAGCUCUGAAGACAGAAAUGAAUAUUCUGCACAAGAAGGGGAAACUGGAGACUUUGAAGAUGAAGGGUAUAGUGGGGCUGGACAUCGAUUGGAAGAGGGUGGUUUAGCUUCUGAUGUUGGAUAUAACAUUGCUCGAUCUUCAGAAAAUGCUAGACAUAAUCAUGUGGUUGAAGAAGCUGAUUCUUCAGGAUCAUCCUCUGACAGUCAAAGAUUGACACAAACAAUUUCACCAUCAGUUUCUGCUCAGAAAUUUGGUUCCCUCUCUGCGUUAGAUGCCAGGCCAAGCUCCAUUUCAAAAAUAUUGGGAGAUGAGUUAGAAGAAGGGGAAAUUGCAGUAUCAGGUGAUUCUCACAUGGAUCAUCAACAGUCAGGAAGUUGGAUUCAUGAUCGUGAUGAGGGGGAAGAUGAACAGGUUUUGCAGAAACCCAAGAUUAAGCGUAAACGAAGUCUUCGUGUACGUCCCCGCCAUGCUAUGGAAAGGCCUGAGGAUAAGUCCAGCAGCGAGAUGGUAUCUCUUCAUCGUGGAGAAUCAUCUCUUUUGGCUGACUAUAAAUAUAAAAUGCAAACAAGGGUUGAUCCGGAAUCAAAAUCAUUUGGAGAAAACAAUGCUAGGAAGCAUGAUAAGAAUGAAACAUCAUUAAAAAAUAAGCAAAAAUUAUCUUCAAGGAAAGUAGCUAAUACAUCCAAAUUACAUGGAUCUCCUAAGUCUAAUCGUUUGAAUUGCACAUCUCCUCCUUCAGAGGACGGUGGUGAAUACCCUAGAGAAAGUUGGGAGGGGAAGCCUCUUAAUCCAAGUGGAUCUACAGCUCAUGGCACUAAGACGACUGAAAUAAUCCAAAGAGGAUGCAAAAAUGUAAUUAGCAAGCUCCAAAGGAAAAUAGACAAGGAAGGCCACCAGAUUGUACCUUUGCUAACGGAUUUGUGGAAGAGAAUUGAGAAUUCUGGGUAUGCGGGUGGAUCUGGGAACAGUCUGUUGGAUUUACGGAAGAUUGACCAGCGGAUUGAUAGAAUGGAUUAUACUGGAGUAAUGGAGCUCGUGUUUGACGUACAGUUCAUGUUGAGGGGUUCAAUGCAUUUCUAUGGAUAUUCAUAUGAGGUUAGAUCUGAAGCAAGGAAGGUUCAUGAUCUCUUCUUUGAUAUCUUGAAAAUUGCCUUUCCCGAUACAGAUUUCGGAGAGGCAAGAAGUACACUUUCUUUCUCUAGCCAAAUUCCUGCUGGUUCUGCCGCAUCCCCAAGGCAAGUUACAGUUUGCCCAAGCAAAAGGCAGAGAGUUACCAAUGAUGUGGAAACUGAUCCAAUCCCUUCACAAAAGCUGCCACAAAGGGGAGCAGCUUCUAAUGGUGAAAGAACCAGGUUGAAAGGUCAUUUGAAGGACUCCAGAACUGGAAGCGGCAGCAGCAGUGCCCGUGAGCAACUUCAGCAGGAGAAUCCUCCAAUGCUUACUCAUCCAGGUCAGUUGGUUGUGUGCAAGAAGAAAAGAAAUGAUAGGGAAAAGUCACUGGGGAAGGGUAGGACUGGAUCAGCAGGUCCUGUUUCUCCACCUGGUGCUAUAAGAAGUCCAGGGUCAGGUUCCACCCCAAAGGAUGCUAGAUGGGGUAGCCAACCAUCUCAACAUUCAAAUGGUUCUGGUGGGUCAGUUGGUUGGGCAAAUCCUGUAAAGCGUUUGAGAACAGAUUCUGGGAAGAGGAGACCAAGCCAUAUGUAG